GUUCGACUAAACAACGCAUGAACGAAGUGCAGUGUUCAAAUUCAUCUUUUCAUGAAACAAUUUUCCAUCAUCAUGGUCAUCGACCGCGGGCGUCAGCGCCUGCGAGAGCAGGCAUGUAUUGACGGGCAUGACACUCGGCAUGCGUCUUGAUCGCAGACCACGUUAGCGUCAGCAAAAACAGGCUGCAUAAGAUGCGGCCGCUCGCUCGCCCAUUCAUCAUCCUCGCUGGGUGGCUUGAGGCGGAACUGGUUGCAACGACCCAAAAGAAGGUUGGGCGAGGCCGAUCUGCAAGGUUUUUGGAUGAGACAGAGGAUAGUGAAGAAGCUUUCAGCGCGGAUGUUGUCAUCGACGCCGGUGGCGAAACCAGGACACUCCAACCGCAUUCGUCGUUGGUCGAUAUAUCUAAAAAGGAGAAGCAAGCUGCAGUACGUCAAUACUUACUCUAUCUCCUCUGAUGUUCACUUUCUUAUUUUUUUGGAACGGUCGAUUUCGAAAGCAAUUGUCCAUUUUUUUGAAAACGGGUAGAGAUCCAUUGAUUUGCCUUGAGAAGUUUCUUUGUUGAAUAGAUUCGCAUCAUUUUCACUUUGAAGUUGUUAUUUGUUUUGCAGUCGAGUUCAUCAACGAGUGAUACAGUAUUCUUGUCCAUUCGACACCAGAUUGAGGCUGAUCUUGUCCCAGUCGACAAAGCCGUCAAGGAUAUCAGAGCUUUUGCGGAAGAAUACAAAGGCAUUUCUUUUCGUCUACUUCGCGGACCUGUCUCCAGGCCCAGGGCUAUCAGGGAAAUGGUGAACCAUGCGGAAUCGGUUUGGAUUUUGUUUACAGCGAUGGUUUACAGCGAUUCAGAUUCUCUCUAUGGCUGUGAAGCAUCAAUACUACAUCGUCUAGUGGUUGCAGGAUUCAUGAAACACCUCCCUCAAUGAAAUGGUUCCCUUGUACUUAUACUUUGAUGGGUAAUUACGUAAAAAUAGUAUUUAUCCUCAUGGAAAAUCUUAGACAGACACAGACUGCCGAAUAGAUUCACAUCAUCACUCACCUUCAUACCCACUAACAGGUAACGGCUUAUUUUAAAGGCCAUGAUUUCGCAUCAGCUCCAGCCGGCUAUUUAGACCAAGUGGUUUCCCAAUUCUUGCAAAAAGGGCAAUCAUAUGAGAUUACUGUCUGGUAUAGCUCGUACUUGUUGCUGCUGAUAACCAUUUUGUUAGCCCGUUUUUUGUUUCUUGGUAUCUUCGACCUAAUCUUAAAGUUGAAUCUCGAUAGCCAUAGCGGUUGCUAUAGUUAGGAGGCCCGUCGCCGUCACGCGCGUGUGGGUAAGGGCUCUCCUCGUUUCUGCAUUUACUGCCGCCCAGAAAAGGAAAACCAAACCGCGGGCGCACAGGCGUAGAAGGUAAGCGACCAAAACCCUGGAAAAGAUGCCGUCGUCCAGAAGCUGCCGAGAAUGGCAGGGGGAUCGCAAUCGCGUCGGGGGGUUUUGAGCGGUGUUUUGUGGUGAGUCUUGCACCCACAGCAGACGGGCCCAGCUUUUGCGUGCAUGUCGUGCCCCCUUUCCCCGGCUUCGUCGAUUGGGCCUGUCGGCCCGCCUUUGGCACACUGCAUUCACUCUGACGCAAAUUUUUCCGUGUCGUGUGAUGAGGUCGGGUGUAUGAAUUGCGACAGACGACAGGGCGCUGUGUUUGUGGGGCGCAAGGUCAUCUUGCAUACAGGAAGGGCAACGCGCUCCAAGUCGAUUCGCCUCUUCCGCCUGAAGGAGUCCGUCCACGGUUGUCGGGCUCCGUGGGUGCGAAGCGUGGCGGCCCGCUCCGUGGUCUUGCACAGUGUUCCAGUGCGCGCUUUUUUCGCUUUGGUCUCGGGUCUGUUCUUCGCUGGUCUUUGUUGGUUUCCCUUAAUUGGUGGCCCGUGUGCAGGCUACACAGCAGGGCAGCUCUUUACAGUUUCGAGGCGGGCAUCGGUCGCGGGACCCUCUUGCGCCUCUUCGGUCGGACGUGGCUUGUCUGAAGUGCGUGGUCGUCGUCGUGGACAGGGUGGCGGCGUCGUUGAUAUUAGUUGGUAUUAUGGCAAACGGCGUGCAUCGUCAGUCGGGUGUGUUUGCGUGCCGUCCGCCAGCCCGUGCGCCUUGCUUCAACCAGGUUGAGGUGGCACCGGUCAGGGCAGCGCCGUCGCAUCGGGGCCGCGAGUGGUCUUCUUUCCUCUCUUUGGGUGCCGGACUCUCUUUUGCUGGCUUUCGGGGCCACGGGGAUAGUAUAAUGGAUUUAGCUUCUCCUCCUUUUCUUGGCGCUGUUCUUAUCACUCUUCAUCAGCGUGAUACAUUUGCCAGGGCUCAGGGCUUAAGGCUUCCCGAUCUAAAUUUUCGAGGGGGGACCUCCAGCCCCGGGCCCUUUUUCUUAACGGACUGCCGGGUGGACAGGCCAUCAGGCGUCCACCUUUGCGCCCCCGCGGCUUCUUGCUUGUACCUUACGAGCGACGACCCCGAUCCACGGGUCUGCGAUCGAUUCACGGGCCCACGAUCGAUUCGCGGACCCAUGAUCGAUUCCCGGACCCGUGAUCGAUCUGUGGGCCCUUGGUCGAUCCGUGGGCCCUUGGUCGAUCCGUGGGUCUUUGAUCGAUGCGAGGACCCUCGGCCGAUCCCUGGACCCUCGGCCGAUCCUUGAGCCGUUGGGCAAUCUGUGCGCCUUUGAUCGAUCCGUGGGCCCUUGGUCGGUCCGUGGACUCCCGAUUGGCAAUGCCCGGCGGGUCCUUGCCGUGUUCUCCGUGACGCGUGGCCCGUGACGUGUGACGCGUCACGCAUCAAAGAAGAGCAAGAGGACCGCCCUUAUAGUGGGGGGGGUGUAGGCGGUGGGACUAAAAACUUGGACAGCGCUUCGGCGUUCGUUCCACCUUGCGGAGGCUUCCUUCCCUGGUGCAUCUAGUAUAUGCAGCCCUUCUACUUCGUGUUCGUAGGUGUGAUCGUGUUCUGAUCUUAUGCCAGCUCGAUCCGCCAGGAGAAUGUGAAAAAGUAUGCUAUCUAUCAAGAAUGUCAAUAAAUAUGAACCAUGUGUUAAUACGUAGCUCUGAAGCUUUUGGAUGUAAAUAUAGAAUUUCCCUUCAACUUGUUCCACCGAACAGUUACCCCGUCGUGAAGAACGUAGAGGUAGAGAAGACAUUGAAGUUAGAGUCGCUGCCUGCCAUGUUUGCCAAUCUUUUCUCGGAGCCUCCGCCUGAUGGAGACGCAGGAGCAUCAUGCACUAGGGUAUCAAUGCUGUUCAAAGGUGUGGGAGCAGAUAUACGUAACGAUUUGUGGAUGGACAUGGAGGUCGCCGACGCCUCAAAAGUUCCGACAGGAGAAUUGUCCAAAGCGAAGUUCCUUGUCGAUCAUUUUUUAGCCUAUGUGGCCUUGGGAAGUAUUGACCUACACGAGGAAGCGAGGUAUACCGAUUCAUUGACUCAAUUAGAAAUACAAAAUAGUCAUAUCUUCAAAGAGAUGAUCCUCCUGAUGCAUUAGACACGUUCAUCUCAGUGUAUGGACAAACGCUACGAUGCGUGACAAAUCAAUAAAUGGAUAUUUUGUGGUCCCUUCACGUAACAUUUUCUUCGUCAUUCAACAUAUUUAUACCGAAAAUCCAGGUCUUCGUCUUCUUCUUUGGUGGACCUCUUGUCGAAUUUACAGGAGAAGCUUAAAAGGGAACGAUUGCCGGAUGGAUAUGCGGCCCCACUUCACCCCGCAGAGCAACAGCAGAUUGAUUCAUUUCGCAUGUGGUUGCACCAUACGCCGGAGGUAAGAUUCUUGUUUUUUCGUUUUGCGUUUCUGUUUGGAGUAGUCGUUUGGGUCUUUUUCUUCGAUGUCUACGUAAUUACUUCCGAACGUUAUGAUAAGUAAUGAGUUUGGUAGCCUUGUUGAUAUUUUUUUGGAUUUAUCUGAUGCAAAAUAUUUAUUUAUUGUGCGGCUAGUACUGUAUCGCCCAAACCCAACAUCAGGCGCUCGAGUUUAGAAAUGGAAUGAACAUGAAGAAUAACCAGUGGUCGGCGGAAGCACAAGUAGAUGCUACUCUCAGGCUUAUUGGAGGACCUCCGCAAAAAUUUAGCUAUCGGUACUAAAUGAGUCAUAGGUUCAUCAUUUUUUGUGGUUCCAUUGAAAAUUAGAUGCCCUCUGCUAUCAGGUUUUUACUUGCUUUUUGGUCGUCUCGGGUGGUUCGCUAUCAUCAUAUCAUGAGGUCAGAAAUGGAGAUCUUACAGCAUUGUAAAAAUGAUUGUUUCAAAAGUAGCAUUACUUACUCGAUGUGUGGCCGUGUUAUUGUUGGUUUUUGUAAAGAUUUCUUCAGUCUACUUAGAUCUUAACCUUUUGAUUUGAAGACGUGGUAAGGAGUGGUCUCAUUUGUGCGAGCGCACAAAAUCGGGAGAAGAUCAUAAUAAAUUCAUUACACUUCCAACCACCAGUUCCGAGAUGUUUCCCAAGCCCAACCGAGAUGUGGACCACAGCGAAAUAAUUUCAUCGACGGAAAAUUGGCACACUCGAUUGGACAGAUUUUUUUCACUUGGAAAUAAGUCCCCAAGUGAAAAUCGUAUCGCUGCGACAAAGGACGCAGGCGCUGGAAGGGUGAAUAUCAACUUGAUCACAGAUUGGAAUGCUGUUCGAGAAGUUGGUCGGGAUAAUAGUAUCCCUGUCAUCCAAGACGCUGCACGUGAGUUUUUGUAUCUUGUUUCGUGGGGCGUCAUUGAACUGCACCCUGAGUGAAAAGGUAUUCCACCUAAUCGUUUGCGAGACAUAUUUACUACAGUAGAAUCGUUACUACAUCACAUUUCUUUUGAUUGAUGAUAUUCAAGAUCGUGACAUACAACAAUCACAACAUCAGCAAUUUGUACAAGAACGAAGCAGUUCUUGUUCUUCUGAAGGUAUGUGCAGAACCUGAUUACGUAUAUUCUUCCUGGACAUACAACAUAUUUAUUCUACAGACAAUGAUGACGAAGUUUGAGAUUCUUACCUUAUUUCUCCUGAACUGAAAUAUUAUAAUAUAUCCAGUUGAUCUGAAGUCGUGAUGUGAGAUGGCGGGUUCUACUUGGGUCGAUGUUUUCCGUUUACGAUGCGAUGGAGCUUUUGCCAGUUUUCUAGAAAUACGUCUUGUAGCACAACAAGAACCAUGAUUCGUCGAAUCCUACACAGCUGCUAGGAGAAAGCAGUUGUAGUGGGCGGUGUCGUGGAGCUAUGCUGUUAUUACUAUGCGAUUGCGUAGUUUGCAGGGCAACAUGUCGAUCUCCAGUGUCCUCUACCCUUUGAAGCAAGUUGGAGAUAAGCGUCACAAGCGAGAUAAGUGGCGUGUUGUGGACCGUGUCCGAAUUGUAAAUAUGCCCUACUACGACCCAUCCAAGAGCUUUCCCUUCCCCAGUCUUGUCACACUCACCCCAAGAAUAGGUAUGCAACUACUACUAAAAUUCCUCCUUUCAUUCGCCUAUGUACAAGUUCUCGUAUACUCUGAAACUAGUACUGA